AUGCAGCAGCAGCCGCCGCCGGCGUCCGUCCGCGCCGUCACCAUCCGAUUCGCCGACCUCAGGGAUCGGAGCAAGGACCUGGGCGGCUUCAUCGAGGAAGGCUUCGGGCCUCGGGGGCUCGGCAUCGUCUCCAUCGCCGACGUACCCGGUUAUCCUGAGCUCAGGAAAAGGCUGCUGCGCUUGGCGCCAAGGAUCGUCAACCUUCCUGAUGAUGUGAAGAAACAACUGGAGGACCCAGAUAGCAGAUAUCACUUUGGUUGGAGUCGUGUGGAAGAAAAAUUCGAGCCUGGAAGAUUGGACACAGCCAAAGGCUCCUAUUUCGCCAACCCAGUUUUUGAUGUCCCAACAACUGAUGAUGAGCUUCUAACUAGAUACCCAUCGUACUGCCGACCAAACAUAUGGCCAACUGAUCAUCUUCCUGAGCUUGAAAUAGCAUUCAAAGAUCUUGGAAAAUUGAUGUUGGAAGUUGGCUUGAUGUUGGCUCAUCAUUGUGAUCGCUAUGUAACGCAGAAAGGAGUGGGACAGUACAUUGGUGAAAGCCUUGAGAAGACACUUGCUAACUCAAGGUGUCCCAAGGGUCGUCUGCUGUACUACUUUCCCAAAUCAUUUAGCAAACAGGAUGGAGUUCAAUCUGUUUCAUCAUGGUGUGGAUGGCAUACUGACUAUGGAUUUUUGACAGGACUUACGUGUGGCUUGUUCACGAGAAAAUCAGAGGAGGUUCCCUGUCCUGAUAUUGGAACUGGGCUAUAUGUUCGGACUCGUGAUAAUCAAGUUGUUAAGGUCACAUUUGAGGAUGAUGAAUUGGUUUACCAAAUUGGGGAAAGUGCUGAAAUACUAUCAAGAGGUCAUCUCUGUGCAACCCCACAUUGUGUGAUGGCUCCCAGCAGCGAAAAUGCUUCUGAUGUUGAUCGGUCAACUUUUGUUCUGUUUAUUCAGCCAGAUUGGGAUGAGCUGCUGAAGCUUCCAAGUGAAAUACGCUAUUACAAGGAGUUGAUUCCACCAAACGGGACACUUACAUACGGCGAGUACUCUGAAAGGGUCUUGGCGAGUAUUAUCGGCAAGAGCGUGGAGCACACCGUGACGCCACAAUAA